AUGGUAGGAACACCUGAAAUUUUAGAAUGUCCCAUGGUAGAUUCUAAAUUUCCAGGCGUUUCUUCCAUGGAUUCGGAAUCAGAAAACGGUGGUGAUGGUGUGAAUUAUAGUGGCCAUUUUCAAACCGACACAGUGUUUCCUAGUUAUGAUGCUACUGUUCAAUGGGCGAAAGAAAUUUCCCGGCCAAUUGGAUUUAUAUUUGUCUCAUCAUCGUACAAAACAACCACCGAUGGUCGGUCGUUUCGAUAUUUGGCUUGCGAUCGUGGUCGGAAGAAAAGGCCAAGAGAUUUGGAGAAUGUGAUUCGCAAGGACACUAAAACCAAGUCCGUUGGGUGUCCUUUCUUCAUCAAGAUUUAUUACGAGAGAAGCACCGAUGGUUGGAGGAUCUGUGCUAAAAAUGAUGUAACCGGCACCCACAAUCAUCCAUUCAUUGUGUAUCCUGAAGGUCAUCGACAAAUCAGCGGUCUUAGUCCAGGUGCGAAACAGGUUGUGCGUAACUUGAUGAGGUCAAAGGUUGCCUCUCGUAACAUCAUGUCAACCAUUAUAGAGCAAUUUCCUGAAGAUCAUCCGAACAUCAUGCAUAUAUACAAUAGUAGAAGUGACAUCAGAAUGGAUGAUUCCGAAGGAAGAGGAGUGGUUCAACAAUUACUGCAUUUGGCUAGAGAGAGUCACUACCUUUACUGGGUUAUGGCUGAUGACAUCGGUGUUUUACAACAUGCAUUCAUGGUGCAUCCAAUCACGUGCAACUUGUUACACACAUACCCGUACGUGAUUGGUAUGGACUCUACGUACAAGACAAACAUAUACGACAUGCCAUUCUUUGAGAUAGUUGGGAGAUUGAGGGAUUUGAUCGGAUACCAACGGGAGCCAUCAGUGUUCUUAACUGACCGUGAGCUUGGACUUUGUGCAUCAUUGAAAGCCGAGUUUCCUCACCUUACACAUUUACUUUGUAGGUGGCACAUUAAUAAGGAUGUCGAAGCUUAUGUGACUGGAUUGUUCAAGGACAAGACAGUGGGUGCAAAGUUCAAAAAUGGUAGAUGGAAACGAGUCAUGGAUGCAGCAUCUGAGCCGGAAUAUGAGUUAGCCUUGCAGAGAUUGAAAACAAGUUGGGUCGAUAUCCGAAAGGUUGAGAGUCAGCACUCGGCGGUCAAGAGUUGGAUAGAAUCAUCGACUGGUUCUUUGGAUACGGUAUGGGCUCGAGUGCAUUGCCAGAUUGGAAAUCAGAUCGUUGGAAUACGUAACGCUUUGGAGGCUAGUAGAUCUAAAGUGGGUGAGAAGUACAGGCACAUGCCGUUGCAGCGGCUUAAUGGAAAAGUUUCUCAUUAUUGUCUGUCUGUUCUUUACGAUGAGACGGAAAGACUGAGAGAGUUGAGUUGUGAGGUGCAUGUGCGUUGCCGUUGUGCUCUAUGGAUCACCAACGGGAUACCAUGUGCUUGCCAGAUUUAUGAUUCAAUGCGUGAUAAGAAGUGGUUGUAUUGUAGCCAAAUUCAUCCAUUUUGGCAGAGCCUUGUCAUUGGUGAUGAUGUUGAUAUACCGGAGUUCGUCAAUGAGUCGGCAGAAGAAGAAACACAUUUUCGUUCCCUUGUCAAUGAGGUUUUGGCUAGUGACCCUGUUACGAUUUGGAAUGUUUCUCGCAUCAUUGAAGAUGAGCUGCAUCCGAAUCAUUCAAAUAUUGAGGAGCCGGAAGUGAAUCACUCAACACGAGGUCGACCACAGGAUCGUUCUACUAAGCGUGAUUGUAGCCAUUUCGAGAAUGUUGAGCGUAACACAAGCGGUCGUGGAGGGAGAAGGUCGAGACAACAUAAUUCAAGGUACGCUCACUUGCUCCUCGGACCUAUAUUGCCUUACAUAAACGGAUGGAAUGAUGUCAUUGGUGAUGGUAAUUGCGGCUUUCGUUGUAUUGCCUCCUGCUUCAUGGGUGAUCAAGAGCAAUGGAGAUUAGCUCGACAAAUCAUGGCUAAUGAGAUCACUGGUUAUCCACCCUAUACAGGAGGAUUUAUUAUGAGCCAGGGUGGUUUGAAUUUUGAGAUACAACGUAUUCGUUGGAGCGGUGGUACAUGUGGGGAAAGACAUUGGAUGGUAGCCUUUCAGGAUUUGUAUGUAAUUGCUACCUUGUACAAUGCAACUGUGAUUUGUUAUGGAAUUGGAUUGACACCGACGAGCUACUAUCCUUGCAUCAUUGUGUUACCGUUGCAGGCCCCCGACAAUGCUACUGCACCAGCUCGAGAGUUUGUUAUAGGUACUGUGGGUGGGUCGCAUUUUAUUCUUUUACAGCUUGAUCAAGACCAUCCGAUUCCCCCGAUUGCAGAUGUUUGGUACCGGGCUCGUGAACCUAGCGUUAUUGGAUGGGAGCAACGAUACCAGUGUAGAAUUAGUUUGUGGGAAAGAUUAGUUGCGUCAUGA